CGCCGAGCAUCGCACACCUCGCACAGGGUUGAUUUCAGACGACGCGUGGUCUGUACUUGCUUACGGAUCUGCACCGGCUUUCGAGAAAAGCAAAAACUUCACUCAUCACCAUGGCCGUCAAUCUGGUCAGCUUGACCUGUUUGCUGCUAGCAACAAUAGCAGUUUCGCAAGUUGCUGGUUUUCCGCAGACCUCGAGCAACACCGGACGUCUCUUUUUCCGCGGCCAGGAGGUGCCUACGCUGCAGGGUGACGAUCCUCUAGAAUUGGAGCUGCACAGGCUUCGAGAGCAACCCGAUGUUGAAACGGAGCCGCGGCAGGAAGAAAGGGCUAGAGCCGAGGCGCAAAAAUCGCUUUAUGAAGGUUCAAACGGCGGCGUCGCCCUCGAGGAACAGUUGGCGCGACUUGGCGAGAAAAACUCGCGAGUCGUGAACGAGCCCCAAAACUCCGAGGAAGAGCAAGAAGAUGGAGAGGCUGGAGUGGAGGAGGACGCGAGUGAAGCCACCGAAUCCAGUUCUGCAGAGGAAGAAGAGGACGAGGAGGGCGAUGGGGAUUACGACGAUGAGGAUUCCGGCAGCCUACCUUCGACGGUGCGUCCCUUGGAGUCGCCCACCCCAUCUCAAAGGGCCCAGCCCUGGGUAGCAGCACGCACGGUGCAACUCGGCAGCAACGAAAAGGGAAACAAUUACAGUCGGCAACCAGCGAAACAAAACGACGCUCCCCAGAAUGAUGAUGACGGUGAUGAGUCUGGCGAGCGCCUUUUCAAAAUGAUGGUCGACCUGGCAGAGCACCCGGCGCAGUGGCAGAAAGUUCACCAGGAGCUGCAGCAACUCGAUAAGGAACUUGUGGCUUCUCGAAAGUUGGCGGCGACUGCCAACUCCUCGUCAUCCACCCCCGUAAAGUUGAGAGAAGGGGUGGUCGCUUUGCGUCACCCCAAUUUGCGACUUGUGCCUCGCAUCCCUGACACCCUUCUGCUGGAGAACGAGAUGGACAAGGCGCGAGAGCGGUAUUUGCAGUCGCUACAGAAGUUGAUAAAAACGACGGCCCGACCGACAACGACCACAACCACCGCGGCACCUUCCACCCCUGCCAAGAGUGGCCAAGCGGAGCACCAUGGCGGAAAGCACACACCUCAGUUUGCUUAUCACCGAGUCACCUCAAGUCCUUACAAUGAACAAGGGACAAGCUCCUCACAAGUUCAUCACUCGCAUGCGUUUGUGGCAGUAUCUGACGUGACCCCUCCAAAAUUGAGAGGAAAAAAUCUUAAGGAAGUGGAGCCUCAAAAGGUUGCUUCCCAAUUUGCGAUUGAUGCGACAGAAAACGCGAGUGGAGUGAAAGCGAGACUGCCACUGCACAGGGUCUCCUCGUCCGCCAGUGCCCCUGCCAGCACCGGCUCAUUGGACGAGCCUGACACCCCUGUGCCUGUGAACAUUUCUGUUGACGACGAGGAGCUGGAAAUCGAGCAGCUGCUCCUCUCCCUGCGAACGCCACCCAUUAAGGGCCAAUGGAACCAUCAGAGAAACAAGGACUGGGUCAGAGAAAAACUGAUGCUCCUUGAAAGGCUUCACUCACACCUCAGGCAAAAGUGGCAAAUUGACGACGGCGUCGAGAGACCGGCGUCUGACGAGGCGAUGCCACCAAAAAAUCACCCCCUAAGUGCCCACAGCCAGCACCACUCUCAGUCGCCUUUGAAGCGCCAGUGAUUGUCUUCACUCAGCCUGAUCACCAGAGAGGACCAAUAGACUUGAGGAUAACGGACGCUAGUUGGCAAAUCGCGGGGGUGAAUUUUCAAAAUGCUCUUUUGCCACAUGAAUUGAAAAAAAUUACAAUAACGAUUUAGGAUUUGAAAAAUAUAUUCCCAUUUCGAAUUUAGACAGUGAAAUUUUAUACAUAAAAUAUAAAUAAAUAUAUAUUUUGCGAAAUGAAGUGGAAGGAAAUCAACUUAGCUAACAGUUAGACAUGCUGCCAGAAUAAAAACUACUUAAAAUCGAUGUGAGCCUAUUUGUAAAUAAUUCAAAUCUAAGUGUUUCAAACCGAAUUAAACUGUACCGAGAACGCUCACCACUGUAAACUGAGAAUUAAUAAAACUGUUGAAUUUAUUGUUGAUCAAGAAAAAUUAACAUGUAGAGGCCUCAACCUGAUGUUGGCAUUGAAUAGCGCAGUGUCUUUGUGAAAAUAAAAAUGCUACUUGACGCCCCCAUCAAAUUAAACCAAAGGAGAUUAAAGUUAUCAUAUAGCAUUUUUAACAUUUGGUGUUCCAUGUAUCAUUUAAUAAAUGACGGCUAUAUUGUUAACAA